CUUGCACGUGAAGUUUACUCUCUACUCCUCACCGGUUUUGAUUUGUUUUUUUUUUCUCUUAAUUUUUGAUUUUUCUUUUGUUUUAUAACAUCGAAACCCUAAAGCUCGGAAGGUUCUCGCCGGAGAAAAAAUUAUGCAGGGUUUGGCGGCGACUACCACCAACCAUGGCUCUCUCACCUUCCUCGCUCCCAGGAACCAUAGUCCAAUUUUGAAGAAUGUUGUGAAUCCAAGGGUCUUCUUCCCCAACGCUGAUUCAUCUGCAAAACUAAGAUUUUCAGCAAGUUCAGUUUCACUGAGGUGUCCCCAAAAGAUUGCUCCUCUUACAGCAACUGCAUCUACGGACUUUGCAGCAGCAGCAAAAUCAUCCAACCAGCUGUUUGGUCAUGGCUUGCCAUCAUUAGCUCCUGGUUUGAGAAGACACCGGAGACCAAUAGAGCCUGCAAGAGUGGCCAAAGAUGAUUUCUUUAAAAUCAAACUGCCUAGAAUUGCAGAGAGACCUGAAUGGUGGUGGAGGACAUUGGCUUGUGUUCCUUAUUUGAUAUCCCUCCAAAUAUCUGAUGUUGGGUACUAUGUCCAACCGUUUCUAGAAAAGCAUGAUGCGAUUGGAGACAUGAUAUAUUUCAUCCCGGGAGCGAUAAACAGGUGGCCUACGUGGUUCUUCAUGGCCUACUGCUACUUGGGUUAUACAUUUGUGGUGAAGGAGAAGAGGCUGCCUCAUUACUUGAGGUUUCACAUGAUGAUGGGUAUGCUUCUUGAAACAGCUCUUCAGGUCAUAUGGUGCACGAGCAAUUUCUUCCCGCUAAUUCAUUUCAAAGGACGGUUUGGGAUGUAUUAUUGGAUGGCCAUAGGAUUCACCUACAUAUUAUUGCUUCUUGAAUGCAUACGGUGCGCCCUUGCUGGAGUCUAUGCUCAGAUUCCUUUCAUAACCGAUGCUGCUUCCAUUCACACCCUUUUUAACUUGGGAGGUUUUCAGAGACCACUCAGGUGAAAAUAGGGACAAGUCUUAUUCUUAAUCUUCCGCAGGAGCUUUUUAUGUCAUAUCGAUUCAGUCUGUACUCUUAUGUGAAGUCUUUUAGCUUAGAGUGGUAGUAUUCAUGUGUAAAACAGAACUCUCUACGAGAGCAGCUUGAAUCAAUGACGUUACAGCCGAAUAAUCUGGUCAGACUUGUCCAUGAUUAUGCAGAUAUCAACAAUAAUGAAUUGAAUUCACAGGUUUGGUUGGUUUGCAGA